ACAUUAACAAGUUCACAAUAGGGGUAAAAUGGCUACUUCUGGACCGAGCAUCGACUUCUUGCAGAUAAUAAAACGCUUGCUGUGCAACUCUUCUCCUUCAGAGUCUCGCGCCGUUAUGAAGAGUGUUUUAGAAAAUUAAUUAUUUAAAAUGUAAACUCUGGAUCAAGCGAUAAAAGAAACUUGCAUCUCAACUGCUCUCCCAGGGGACAGCCGUACGAUGGGAUCCGAAAGGCUGGAUCUGUAUCCCUACUGGGAUUUUGCAUCCAAGUAUCUGGAGUGGGGUUGAAGCCCGAUGAGGUGACGAGAUUCUUCACCAUGAUUGAUAAAAGCAUUUAUAUUGUGCAAGGUGAAAUAAAUAGUGUUGUUGGUGCCAUAAAACGAAAUUCAAGAUGGACUACACAUACUCCAUUGGAUGAAGAGCAAGAUCCACUUCUAAAUAGUUUCAACCAUCUUAAAGAAGUGUUGAAUAAUAUAACAGAGCUUUCAGUCAUAGAACCAAAUAUUUUCCUUCGACCAUUUCUGGAGGUGAUUAGAUCAGAAAAUACAACUGGACCGAUCACUGGGUUAGCACUAACAUCUGUUAACAAGUUCCUCUCGUAUGGAUUGAUAGACCCUAAUCAUGAAGGUGCAGCAGAGGGAAUUGAAAAUAUGGCUGAUGCUGUCACACAUGCCCGUUUUGUGGGCACAGACCCAGCAAGUGACGAAGUUGUCCUAAUGAAAAUUUUGCAGGUCUUGAGAACCUUACUACUCACUCCUGUUGGUGCUCACCUGACUAAUGAAUCAGUUUGUGAAAUUAUGCAGUCAUGUUUUCGAAUAUGCUUUGAAAUGAGGCUCAGUGAGUUAUUGAGGAAAUCUGCUGAACACACACUGGUAGACAUGGUGCAGCUGCUGUUCUCAAGGUUACCUCAAUUUAAAGAGGAAGCCAAGAGCUUUGUGGGAACCAGUAUGAAGAAGCUUAAGAUGAGGGCGGGAGGAAUGAGUGACUCAUCAAAAUGGAAAAAGCAGAAGAAAUCACCGCGUCCUUCUCGUCAUGCAAACAAACUUGCACUUGCAUCUGAUCAGCAGUCAGUUCCUGGCCAGGUCUUGCAUAGUUCAAUAAGUUCUGUACCUCAGCUCCUGAACAAUCAUCCAGGUGAAGCGUCCUUCCUGGAACAUUCUGUUGUAAGUUCAACUAUUUCAUCUGGAACAACUAUUUCUGAAAAUCCAUCAACACUUUUAAGCCCAGCCACAGACAGUGGUGUGGAAUUUUCUUCAAAGACAGCAUCAAAGGAAGACCUCACUGACCUUGAUCAAGUCACUCCAGCAACCACUCCUUCCGGUGAACCAGGUGAAGAGAAAAUGGUAGAUUCACAUAGUCAGCAAGAGUCUCAGAAUGUUGGAAGAUUGGAUGAAUUUUUGCCCAAGGAAGAGAAGGCACAAUCAACAUCAGUUGAAUCUAUUCCAGAAGUGUUAGAAGAUCGUGACUCACUCACAGAAAUAUCUGACACUGCCUCAAUCCAUGAAGUACACGAUAUGGAUUACGUUAACCCUCAUGGGGUUAGGUUUACACAGUCAACUCAGAAAGAAGUGUCUUUCUCAGGUGCAGCUUUGGUUCCAUAUGGGUUACCAUGUAUACGAGAGCUGUUCCGUUUCCUCAUAUCCCUAACCAAUCCACAUGACCGCCAUAAUUCUGAUGUGAUGAUUCAUGUGGGUUUACAGUUGCUUACCAUCGCACUGGAAUCAGCACCUAUUGCUAAUUAUACAUCAUUGCUAGGUCUUGUUAAAGAUGAGCUCUGCCGACACUUGUUCCAGCUGCUAAUUGUGGAACGUCUUAAUUUAUAUGCUACUUCUCUCAGGCUGUGCUUCCUGUUAUUUGAGAGUAUGAGGCAACAUCUUAAAUUUCAACUUGAGAUGUAUUUGAAAAAACUAAUGGAUUUGGUCACCUCGGAGAAUCCCAAAAUGCCAUAUGAAAUGAAGGAAAUGGCUUUGGAGGCAUUGGUUCAACUCUGGCGAAUCCCAAGCUUUGCCACAGAACUGUACAUCAAUUUUGACUGUGAUUUCUACUGUUGUAAUCUUUUUGAAGAUCUUACCAAACUCCUUUCUAAGAAUGCUUUUCCUGUAUCUGGACAACUGUACACCACUCACUUGUUGUCACUUGAGGCCUUGUUAACAGUUAUUGACAGCACAGAGGCUCAUUGCCAAGCUCGAGUUCUCAAUAAUACUCUGCAACAAGACAACAAGGAUGGAAGUACUCAGACAACAGAAACAAAUCACAGAAAAGAGAUCUCUAAUGGUGCUGAAAGGACAGGGGUUGCUCCUGUGUCGGUCCCUUUAGAUGCGGAACCAUCACUACCUCAUCCUCCCACCAGUGGUCAUCUUAUGGCUCAGAAAAUGAAGCUGGGUCGGCAACUUGAGGAAAAUGAAUCAGUAGAGAAGACACCCAAGAAACCACCGCGAUUCUCUUCUUUUUUACCAACUGCUCAAGAACUAAUGGAGAUAAAAAGCAAGAAGAAGUUGCUUAUCACUGGAACAGAACAAUUUAACCAGAAACCAAAAAAAGGCAUUCAGUUUCUUCAAGAGAAGGGCCUGCUUGCUUCUCCCAUGGACACUCGCGAGGUAGCUCAGUGGCUACGGGAAAAUCCACGACUGGACAAGAAAAUGAUUGGGGAAUUCAUCAGUGACCGGAAAAGUAUUGAACUUCUCGACAGUUUUGUUGGUACAUUCACAUUCCAAGGACUGAGAAUUGAUGAAGCACUGCGCUCAUAUCUGGAAGCCUUCCGACUUCCUGGUGAAGCUCCUGUAAUUCAUAGACUACUAGAAGUCUUCACAGAUCAUUGGCAUAAAAUCAAUGGUUCACCAUUUUGCAACAACGAUGCAUGCUUUGCACUGGCUUAUGCUGUAAUUAUGCUCAAUACAGACCAGCACAAUCAUAAUGUUCGUAAGCAAAAUGUACCAAUGACAAUGGAGCAAUUCAAAAAGAAUUUGAAAGGAGUUAAUGGUUCCAAAGAUUUCGACCAAGAUAUGUUAGAAGACAUCUACAAUGCAAUAAAGAAUGAUGAAAUUGUGAUGCCAGAGGAACAAACAGGUUUUGUGAAAGAGAACUAUAUGUGGAAUGUACUUUUGAAUCGUGGGAGUUCAUCCGAAGGCAUAUUCCUCCAUGUGCCUCCUGGAAGCUUUGACCAUGACCUUUUCACCAUGACCUGGGGUCCCACCAUAGCAGCACUUUCCUAUGUUUUUGACAAGAGUUUAGAUGAAACAAUAAUACAGAAGGCAAUAUCUGGUUUCAGGAAAUGUGCAAUGAUCUCGGCUCACUAUGGAUUAAGUGAUGUCUUUGACAACCUUAUCAUUUCCCUAUGCAAGUUUACAGCUCUUAGCAGUGAGUCUGUUGAGAAUCUUCCAAAUGUUUUUGGUAGUAACAUGAAGGCUCAACUAGCGGCCAAGACUGUGUUUAAUUUAUCACAUCGUCAUGGUGACAUACUUAGAGAAGGAUGGAAGAACAUUAUGGAUGCAAUGCUGCAACUUUUCCGUGCUGAGCUGCUGCCGAAGGUCAUGGUAGAGGUAGAAGACUUUGUGGAACCCAAUGGAAAAAUCUCACUCCAGCGGGAAGAAACUCCCUCAAAUCGUGGUGAAUCUACAGUCCUGAGCUUUGUUAGUUGGCUCACACUAAGUGGUAAUGAACAGUCUGGUCUAAGGGGGCCCUCUAUAGAGAAUGAAGAGGCCAAACAAGCAGCUCUGGAAUGCAUUAAGCAAUGUGAUCCUGAGAAGCUGAUUACAGAAAGCAAAUUCCUUCAGUUGGAGUCUCUUCAAGAGCUGAUGAAGGCUCUCAUUUCUGUGACACCUGACGAAGAGACCUAUGAUGAGGAAGAUGCAGCUUUUUGCCUUGAGAUGCUGCUAAGGAUAGUGCUGGAAAACAGAGACCGUGUUUCCUGUGUCUGGCAAGCUGUAAGAGACCAUCUCUACCAUUUGACUGUUCAUGUCACAGAGCAAUGCUUCCUUGUUGAAAGAGCAGUUGUAGGUCUCUUAAGGCUGGCAAUACGAUUACUACGCAGAGAAGAGAUCAGUUCACAGGUCCUUCUGUCCUUGAGAGUCCUGCUCAUGAUGAAACCGAUUGUCUUAUCAAGAGUGAGCCGUCAAAUUGCUUAUGGGCUACACGAGCUGUUGAAGACCAAUGCUGCCAACAUUCACUCGAGUGAUGACUGGUGUACCUUGUUUACUCUCUUAGAAUGUAUUGGGGCAGGAGUCAAGCCUCCACCUGCUCUACAGAUGGCAUCUGUAGCCGAUAACCAUGACGCAGGUGCACAGUCUGAUAGUGAAAUUGCAUCUUACCAUCCUAGUGAAGUUAGUUCUGAUCGUGGUUACACAUCCGAUUCUGAAGUGUAUGCAGAGCAUGGGAAGCAGACUAAGGUACACCGUUCCGCCACUGAUGUGGAUAUUGCCAGCAGUGGCUGGCUGGUGGUGGGGAGAGAUGACUUGGAUACCAACAGAACUUCUGGCCCAAAGCCGGGAUGCUCUCCUCUUGUCAAUCAAUACAGCUUAACCUUGGGGCAGGAUAUGGGCUCACACGAUACUAAGUCACUUAUCAAAUGUGUGGAGUCGCUGUCGUUUAUUGUGAGAGAUGCUGCGCAUGUGACACCAGAAAACUUUGAACUUUGUGUAAAAACAAUUCGCAUCUUUGUAGAAGCAAAUCUCAAUGGUGGGUACAAAACACAUGAAAGGAAAUCUAAAUCAUAUAAGCUUGACAAAUCAAAUCGACUUAAGAAGAAGCAAAAGGAAAAGGAGAGUUCCAUGAAACGGUCAAAGACCUUUAACCAUCGCCCAUCAAAGUCACAUAGCGACGAUGAUGAGGAUGACAGUGUACCUGCAAGUUAUCACACUGUGUCAUUACAGGUUAGUCAGGAUCUUCUGGAUUUGAUGCACACACUCCACACACGAGCUGCCAACAUUUAUAGCUCAUGGGCUGAAGAACAGCGCCAUCUGGAGUCGGCUGGGAAAAAAAUUGAUGCUGAUGCCAGAACUUUGUGGUCAAACUGCUGGUGUCCACUGCUGCAAGGCAUUGCAUGGCUUUGUUGUGAUGCCAGGCGACAAGUUAGAAUGCAAGCACUUACCUACCUACAGAGAGCACUCUUAGUGCAUGAUCUGCAAACACUGGAUGCUUUAGAAUGGGAAUCCUGCUUUAACAAGGUACUGUUUCCAUUACUGACCAAACUUUUGGAGAACAUCAGCCCAGCUGACAUUGGAGGGAUGGAAGAGACCAGAAUGAGAGCUUCAACCUUGCUCUGCAAAGUUUUCCUCCAGCAUUUGUCUCCAUUGUUAUCUCUACCAACAUUUGCUGCUCUAUGGUUAACAAUCCUGGACUUCAUGGACAAAUACAUGCAUGCUGGAUCUAGUGACUUGCUGUUGGAAGCAAUACCAGAAUCACUCAAGAACAUGCUCCUGGUUAUGGAUACAGCUGGCAUUUUUCACUGUGCUGAGUCAAGGACUGGUUAUUCUCAGCUUUGGGAGAUUACGUGGGAAAGAAUAGAUUGCUUCUUGCCUCAACUAAAGGAUGAACUAUUUAAACAAACGGUUAUUCAAGAUCCUGUCCUUGGUGUACCAACAGAACCAUGUCCUAAUUCAGUGCAGCAUCCUAGCAGUGGACAAGCAUCUGUAGUACCAGGAUCAGAUGCAAAUCCAUCUGGUCAAAUUGCAGCAUCAGAAAAUCUCACAGAAGCAAGUGCAAAAGAUUCUGAAAAUGUACAUGUUGGAGGGACUCCCAGCCUUACUCCAGUGUCUACACCAGUGAAGAUGAGUGUUGGGCCAGAUGUCAAUCAGUCAGUCACCCAGUCUCCUUUAAUUCUGCACCCUCUAACUUCAUCGCUUCAAGUUGGCGUUCCACCUAUGACUCUACCUAUCAUACUUAAUCCAGCUUUAAUUGAAGCUACAUCUCCUGUACCAUUGUUGUCCCCACCUCGUCCUUCAAACACAUCUACAGCAUCUGAGGUGAAUUAGUUGUUCUAGCUUGGAAAGUAUUCACUUUACUUAACAUGUACUUUACAUUAUGACUCAUUACUUAUAUUAGUUUUGUUUUACAGUUUCUCAUCCUUUCAAACCAGUCACUGACAUUAGUGUGCAAUGUGUAGUGAAGAAACCAUGCAUCCACCAUUGCAAAGUAGCAUUAUAGCAGGGUUUUCUUGUUUGGAGCAUUAGCCAUAUUCAGCACCAAAUAACAUUGAACAGCCACUGUAGAGUAUAAACAAAUGCAAAACCUGUCUGUGGUACACGGCAAAAUUUUAUUCCCUGUCUCCUGUUAUCACUAUUUCUAAACUGCUGGGUGCCAUGUUAUAACGAACAUAAGAAUUCAUUUGUUUUUCUUUUGGCUGCAAACUCAUGUUUUAAAUCAUCUAUAUAGUAGCCCUUAAUGUAACUGAUCUGUUUAAAUAAUUUUCAGAAGUGACAAUGUGAAGGGCUACAACAGGAUCCUGAUACUCAGGUUGCAUAAUUCAAAAGAAUUAAUACAUGAUUUUGUUAGUAAAAUACAUAUUUUAAAAAAAAAUACCCUGUAGUAGGACCCAAAAAUAAGAUAAUCGAAUUGCUCCAGCCUUUCAAAACCAGUUUUCAUAAUAGCAUCAUUUGAGUAACUUAUUUUCUUUCCCAUGUCAAAUGUAAUGUAAAAUUGUCAACUUGAUUUUCAUCACAAACUAGUGAUUUCCUCUAUUUUUGGUUUGUAUUUCCCAUUGUCCUGAAAUGUUUAUAUUCUUCACAGUAAAUGGGAGCUUACUGUAAAACAUUAACAAUGUAUAAAUAUAAAUCAAUUUAUAGUUGUUAAGAUUUUCACUUGUAUCAUUAUAUUUAGAGAUGUGAAAUUGUAAUAUAAAAAAUGCUGGUGGAUAUGUUGAGCCUUGCUUUACAAUCCUUUCCUGUUUGCUUUCCAUUAAGCCUGGAUUAGCUGUAAAUGACCCAACACUUGAUAAAUAGGCAUGAAAGGCCAAACCUUGUGCAAUUCGAGACCAACAGAAUCUAUAUUUAAAGUCUUUGUUCCAGAUUUUGUACAUUUCACAAUGAUUUUAAUUUAAUGGUGAUGUGUGGAAAAUAUCAGCAAGACUUACUGUGGUUAUGGUAAAACUUAAAUGAUCUGUCCCACAUUCAUUGGACGGGAGAGGGAUGGCAGACAGUAAUGUAUAUAAAAUAAUGGUAAAAAGAAAAUUUAAAUGUACUUUUUACAGUAAUAAAUAUCAAAAUGUAAAGAAUUUAGCUCUGGUUUGUUGAUUUAAAUAGAUGCUCUGUUAGCAGUUGCUGAGGACUGUAUACAUUGUUUCAUUCAUUAUUGAAGCUCUAUUUUUAAAAUAUUAAAUGAUACACAAGGUAUUAUGCUUAAAUAAUUUUUUUCCUAAAAAGCCUGCCUGGGCUAGGAAGGUCACAAAAGAUCGGUUUGCACUCUGCAGUUCAAUUCGGUGAUAUCUACCCUGCAAUAAACUUUUGAGAUAACUUAGUAUAUACUUUAUUUUAUUAUCUUGCUUCAAACACUUCUUUUGCUAAGG